GUGCAGAGUGAGGGCAGACAGCUCUUUAUUUUUCCCAGGAGUUGCAGCAUAUCUAAUAGAGGAUUUUCCACACUUUUCAGAAGAACUGGAGCCAUUUCUAAAGCACACUGAAUAACCUGUGGCACGAAGCUGAUAGCAGAGCUCCUACCCGGUGAGACACGCAUAAGGACUUCAGCUGUCUGGGAUCCAAGACACAGCUGUGUCACCCUCUCUCAGACUUGUGAGGACAUUGUGAAAUUCUGGGCAAGAACUGCAAAGUUGAUAAAGUGGACUUCUACAAGAUGGGUCAUGUUUUCCUGGAUUAGACUUAGAAGAUUGGAAAAGAAACAAAAGAGUAAAACAAUCCUUCAGCAUUAUUUGGUCUCUUUCUCGCUGUGUAUUCAAGAAUGGAUUCAUCCUUAAGUGUAACAGUUACUUGGAGCAUUCAGCAACACCUCUAAUAAGGGAGCUAUUUUCAAUAAAUUUAAAAUGCAUUCUGAAGAUGAAAAGAAGAACUAUACUGUGGAUGGAAAUAGUUAUGAGGUCACCAUCCAGGGUCAUGAAUACGAAGACAAACCUGAGAAAAAGAAGAAGCAGAAGAAAGGGGAAAAACCUAAGGUGGUCAGCCCGUUUGCUCUGUUUCGAUACUCCACUUGCUCAGACAAAUUAUUAAUGCUAAUAGGCACUACUCUGGCAGUAGCCCAUGGAAGCGCUCUCCCUAUUGCAAUGAUAAUUUUUGGUGAUAUGACUGACAGCUUUGUUGCUUCUGAAGACUUUAAUUUUACAGGACUGAAUAUUUCUCAAAUGAAUUUUACUUCAGAAAUUCUCGAGAAGCUGGAAGAAGAUAUGACAAGAUAUGCAUACUACUACUGUGCAAUAGGAGCUGCUGUUCUUCUUGCUGCUUAUUUACAAACUUCACUCUGGACCCUAGCAUCAGGUCGGCAAAUAAAAAAAAUUAGAGAAAAAUUUUUUCACGCAAUUAUGAGACAAGAAAUUGGAUGGUUUGAUGUAAAUGAUGUGGGAGAACUUAACACUCGUCUUCUAGAUGACGUCUCCAAGAUUAAUGAAGGAAUAGGUGACAAGGUUGGACUUCUCGUUCAACAACUAACAGCAUUUAUAGCAGGAUUUAUUGUUGGUCUCAUAAGAGGUUGGAAAUUAACCCUUGUAAUACUAGCAGUAAGUCCUGUCCUGGGACUUUCAGCAGCCCUCUGGGCAAAGGUUCUCUCUGCUUUCACUGACAAAGAACAAGCUGCAUAUGCAAAAGCAGGUGCUGUUGCAGAGGAAGUUCUGGCAGCAAUCCGUACUGUAAUAGCUUUUGGAGGACAGGAAAAAGAAAUUAAAAGAUACCAUAAAAAUUUAGAAGAUGCUAAAAGAAUUGGAAUAAGAAAGGCUAUUACAGCUAAUAUUUCUAUGGGUGCUGCUUUCUUACUGAUUUAUGCAUCAUAUGCACUGGCCUUUUGGUAUGGAACUACUUUGGUCUUAACUGAUGAUUACACUAUUGGCAAAGUUUUGACGGUCUUUUUCUCUGUAUUGAUUGGAGCAUUCAGUAUUGGACAAACUGCUCCAAGCAUAGAGGCUUUUGCUAGUGCAAGAGGAGCUGCCUAUGUGAUCUUUAAUAUAAUAGACAAUGAACCUCAAAUUGACAGUUAUUCAGAGGCAGGUUACAAACCGGACCACAUUAAAGGGAAUUUGGAAUUCAAAAAUGUUUACUUCAAUUAUCCAUCCAGACCAGAUGUUGAGAUACUGAAGGGCUUGAAUCUCAAGAUUAGUUCUGGCCAGACAGUGGCCCUGGUUGGCAGCAGUGGCUGUGGGAAAAGUACAACUGUUCAGCUCAUCCAGAGAUUUUAUGAUCCCAAGGAAGGCAUGGUUACCAUCGAUGGGCAGGAUAUUAAGACCUUAAAUGUAAGAUACCUGCGGGAGAUUAUCGGUGUGGUGAACCAGGAGCCCGUGCUCUUUGCUACCACUAUUGCAGAAAAUAUUCGUUAUGGCCGUGAGGAUGUCACCAUGGAAGAGAUUGAAAAAGCUACCAAGGAAGCCAAUGCUUAUGACUUCAUCAUGAAGCUACCCAAUAAGUUUGAAACCGUGGUUGGAGAAAGAGGGGCACAGCUGAGUGGAGGCCAGAAACAAAGAGUAGCAAUUGCCCGAGCUCUGGUUCGCAAUCCUAAAAUUCUUCUGCUUGAUGAGGCAACAUCAGCUUUGGAUACUGAGAGUGAAUCAGUUGUGCAGGCGGCACUGGACAAGGCAAGGGAAGGACGCACCACGGUUGUGGUGGCUCAUCGGCUGUCAACAGUCCGAAAUGCAGAUCACAUCGCUGUGUUUGAAGGUGGAGUUGUUGCCGAGCAAGGAAACCAUGUUAAACUGAUUGAGAGGAAGGGAAUCUACCACAAACUCGUUAACAUGCAGGCAAUAGAAGCUGAAGUUCCCUCAUCAGAAAAAGAUGAGAAGGCACUUAGUGUCAAAAACCGUGACUCUGAACCAGAAUUUGGAGAAUCCUUUACAAGAGGACUGAAAAGACGAUCAACUCGGAGAAGUAUGAAAGAGCGAGCAGAGCAAGAUGAUGAUUCUGAUGAGAAAAAAAGUUCACCUGAGGAAGAAUUACCUCCAGCUUCAUUUCUGAAAAUUAUGAAGUUAAACAAAACUGAGUGGCCAUACUUUGUAGCUGGAAUCUUAUGUGCAGUUAUCAACGGAGCUUUACAACCUGGAUUUGCGAUCAUAUUUUCCGAAAUUAUAGGGGUUUUCUCAGAAACUGACAAAGACCUUUUAAGACAAAAGAGUGACUUAUAUUCACUACUGUUUUUAGUAGUUGGGAUAAUUUCCUUUUUUACUUUCUUUCUUCAGGGUUACACAUUUGGCAAAUCUGGAGAAAUUCUUACAAUGAGGCUUCGAUUCAUGGCAUUUAAAGCAAUGCUUAGACAGGAUAUGGGCUGGUUUGAUAAUCCAAAAAAUAGCACUGGAGCACUAACUACGAGACUUGCUAAUGAUGCCUCACAAGUGAAAGGAGCGACUGGUGUCAGACUAGCAUUAAUUGCCCAAAACAUAGCCAACCUGGGGACUGGAGUCAUUAUAUCAUUAAUAUAUGGCUGGCAGCUGACCCUGCUACUUUUAGCUGUUGUGCCCAUCAUUGCAGUGGCAGGAAUGAUUGAAAUGAGGAUGUUGGCUGGGCAUGCUAAGAAAGACAAAAAGGAGCUGGAAGCUGCAGGAAAGAUUGCCACAGAAGCAAUAGAAAAUAUUAGAACUGUUGUUAGCUUGACCCGAGAAAGAAAAUUUGAGUUGAUGUAUGGAGAACAUUUGAUUGUACCAUACAGAAAUUCUGUGAAGAAGGCACAUAUAUUUGGCUUUUGUUUUGCCCUUUCACAAGCAAUGAUGUUCUUUACCUAUGCUGGCUGUUUCCGGUUUGGUGCCUAUCUAGUGGCAAAUGGACAAAUGGAGUAUAAAAAUGUAUUUUUAGUGUUUUCAGCUGUUGUAUUUGGUGCAAUGGCCUUAGGACAAACCAGCUCUUUUGCUCCAGACUAUGCCAAAGCCAAGACAUCAGCAGCCCACAUGUUUCAGCUGUUUGAAAGAGUGCCCUCAAUAGACAGUUACAGUGAGGAAGGAGAGAAGCCUGAAACAUUUGAGGGAAACAUAACAAUCAAAGAUGUGGCAUUUAACUAUCCAAACCGACCAGAGGUCAAAAUCCUGCAGGGUUUGAAUCUAAAAGUAGAAAAGGGACAAACUCUUGCUCUUGUUGGUAGCAGUGGCUGUGGAAAGAGUACUGUUGUUCAGCUGCUUGAGAGAUUUUAUGACCCACUUGAUGGAGAAAUGAUUUUUGAUGGCAAAGAUGCAAAGGCACUGAAUAUCAAGUGGCUGAGAGCUCAGAUUGGUAUCGUCUCACAAGAGCCGAUCCUGUUUGAUUGCACUAUUGCUGAAAACAUCGCGUAUGGAGAUAACAGUCGUCAGGUGCCAUUCGAGGAAAUUGUUAAUGCAGCAAAAAAAUCCAAUAUUCAUACCUUCAUUGACUCUCUGCCAGAUAAAUACAAUACCCGUGUAGGAGACAAGGGAACACAGCUUUCUGGUGGUCAGAAACAACGUAUUGCGAUUGCCCGAGCUCUUGUGCGUCAGCCCCAAAUCCUGCUACUGGAUGAAGCUACUUCUGCCUUAGACACAGAAAGUGAAAAGAUUGUUCAGGAAGCACUGGAUAAAGCCAGAGAAGGCCGUACGUGCAUUGUGAUAGCUCACCGCCUCUCCACCGUCCAAAACGCUGACAAGAUUGCUGUGAUACAGAACGGCAAGGUCGUAGAGCAAGGCACCCAUCAGCAGCUUCUGGCUGAAAAAGGCAUCUACUAUUCUCUGGUCAAUGUUCAAAGUGUGUAAUGCAACACGUAGUAUAAAGGCAGUACUUAUCUAUGAAUUGCCACAGGAGCUACUUCUGUCACUGCAAUUAUUUCAAUACCAACAGUCAGUCUUGAUACUUUUGGUUUUCUUCUUUCCUUUCGUAAAUCAUACAAAACUAAGUAAAUAUGUAACAGUUUCUCAGUACUAGCUUUCAUUAUUCAAACAGCUUUAUGUGUGGCCAAAACAGUGGCCUAUUACCCUCAUGAAAGUAGGAGAAUGCUAAGCCAAAUGUAAUUAAUAUUAGCUUGCUUUGAACUCUGUCAAAAAUCACAUUAAUCAGGCAUGUAUGGUAAGCAACUUAGAAACAUUUUCAUGCUCAGUAGAAGUAGCUUUGCUAUUGUCAGAAAGAAACCUCAAGCCUUAUCCUUACUGUGCCUGUCUAAGACACAGUCAGUCCUGGCCUAUUAGGCUUGUUACCAACUUGUUACGAGAACUUGCAGGUCAGCUGAAGUUUGAUUCCAGAUGUCUCUUGUGAAGUUUUAGCCUGGGAUGACAGUAAAUGUCUUGAAAACAUGGGCAAAGGCUGAAAACAAGGGUCCCAGAACUGCAAGUACCUCAGUGGUGUUGCUUACUGAUCACCAAAGAGUUGCAACCUUAAGAGAUGCAAAAACACAUAACACAGAAAAGAAACAGCAGAUCAGAAAAAAAACCCAUAAUGGAUGGGCAAGACAAAGCACCUGCUGCAGCCUGGGAAAGAACUAUCUGCAAGUGUCUUGAAGUCCUAGGGUGCAGAGGUCAAAGACUAAGAACUCUCUGAAGACUGCAGUAUUUUAUAAAAGCUGAAAAUCCUGGAUUUGGACUUGGAGGAGGGGGAAGGAAGGCAUCUUUUUCAGUGUUACCAUCCUUCAUUGAAGAGCUCUGGAACCUGAUCACUGCGACUAAGACUCUCAAGGACUGUAAUCGUUGGUGCUAAAUCCUUGGCAUCACCUCUGUGGCAUUGUAUAUUAUUUGCUUAUUUAGGAUGACUGUUAAGUGCCACCUGCUUUCAGUAUGUAGCGAUAUUGAUUUGUAAUUAUUAAUAACUAAACAUGAAGCAAUGUAUAUUGUUAAUGAAUAUUUAUUCAGUAAAGUUUUGUUUUUAAGUUUAAAA